AUGGCAGAAGAUCAAGCAAUGGACAUCGACACAGACACCACCGAGCAGGAGAUCCUCCUUGCCGCCACCAAUCACGACAUCGAUUCACUCCGCCGUCUCCUGCGCACGCCCAAAGGUUCCGCCAAUGUUGUCGACUCUGACACUGGAAUGACUCCUCUUCAUGCUGCCAUUGCUGCAUGCGAGCCCGACGACGAGACUGCACAGGACAAGAAAGAUAUGGACGUCGAUGAAGCAGCCACUCUCAACGACGCUGCUCUAGAGGAAGAGGAGGCUCUCAAGACAAUCAAGUUCCUACUGGAGAACGGUGCCAUCUGGAACGACUUGGACGACAACAACGAGACUCCCGGAUGCCUGGCUCUGCGACUGGGUUUGAAGAAGUGCUAUGAGGCAAUGGUCGAGGCCGGUGUCCGCGCCGAGCUUCUACUCAGCCGUCUUGAUGGGUUUGAACUGCUGGCACAAUACGAGGACGACAGCGAAGAGGAAGAGCAGGAAGUUGAAGGCUUUGAAAUUCUCGUUCAGAUCGACGAGGACGGCCAAGAGACAAAGGUCGAUGUCAACAGCGAAGACUAUCUUGCCUCACACUUGACCUUCAAGGGCGACAGACUGCUGGAUGCCGACAAGAACGGUGUCAUGAUGUCUUGGGAGACCGAUAUCAUGCAAAAGGCUGUCGACCGCCUGUGCCCCGAGCCCGGGCUUCGUGUUCUCAACGUCGGUCACGGCAUGGGCAUCAUCGAUGGUAUCUUCCAAGACAAGAAGGUCGCAGUUCACCACAUCAUCGAAGCACACCCUGAUGUCCUAGCUCGCAUGCGCAAGGAUGGCUGGUACGAGAAGCCUGGCGUCAAGAUCCACGAAGGCAGAUGGCAAGAUGUUGUCCCUAAGCUCGUUGAGCAAAACGAGGUCUUUGACGGAAUCUACUUUGAUACCUUCGCCGAGGAGUACAAGGCCUUAAAGGAGUUCUUCACCGAGUAUGUCAUUGGUCUGCUUGACCCCGAAGGUCGCUUUGGUUUCUUCAAUGGUCUCGGUGCCGACAGACAGGUAUGCUACGAUGUCUACACCAGAGUAGUAGAGAUGGACCUCUUCGAUGCUGGUAUGGAUACCGAGUUUGAGGAUAUUCACAUUCCCGAUCUUGAUGAGCAGGGUGAAUGGGAAGGUGUGCGCCGCCGCUACUGGGCAUUGGACAACUACCGCAUGCCCACCUGCAAGUUUGUUGGUUGA